AAAACUUAGGGAAAAGUUUUUUGGUGAAGAAAUACUUGGGAGCCGUGGCAUUCAACAACAUCACUAGGCUAGCAUUUGGCAAAAGAUUUGUGAACUCAGAAGGUAUAAUGGACGAGCAAGGAGUAGAAUUCAAGGCUGUAGUGGCAAAUGGAUUGAAGCUAGGAGCAUCUCUGGCCAUGGCCGAGCACAUUCCAUGGCUGCGAUGGAUGUUCCCACUCGAAGAGGAGGCUUUCGCCAAGCACGGUGCUCGCCGCGACAAACUCACCAGAGCCAUCAUGGAAGAGCACACUCAAGAGCGGCUGAAAUCCGGUGCCAAGCAACAUUUUGUUGAUGCCCUCCUCACAUUGCAAGAAAAAUAUGACCUUAGUGAAGACACCAUCAUUGGUCUACUUUGGGACAUGAUUACGGCUGGCAUGGACACAACAGCAAUAUCAGUUGAAUGGGCCAUGGCUGAACUAAUCAAGAACCCAAGAGUCCAACAGAAAGCCCAAGAGGAGCUAGACAGGGUCAUUGGGCUUGAAAGGAUAAUGACAGAAUUAGAUUUCUCAAGCCUCCCAUACCUCCAAUGCGUGGCAAAGGAAGCCCUAAGGCUCCACCCACCAACCCCACUAAUGCUCCCACACAGGGCCAAUUCCAACGUCAAAGUUGGUGGCUAUGACAUACCAAAAGGCUCCAACGUGCACGUGAACGUGUGGGCCGUGGCACGUGACCCAGCUGUAUGGAAAAACCCACUGGAGUUCAGGCCUGAGAGGUUCCUUGAGGAGGAUGUGGACAUGAAGGGGCAUGAUUUUAGGCUGCUCCCUUUUGGUGCUGGACGUAGGGUAUGCCCCGGUGCACAACUUGGGAUCAAUUUGGUGACGUCAAUGUUGGGUCAUCUUUUGCAUCAUUUUAGUUGGGCCCCACCUGAGGGAACGAGGCCCGAGGAGAUUGACAUGUCGGAGAAUCCUGGGUUGGUCACUUACAUGAGUGCCCCACUUCAGGCUGUGCCAACUCCUAGGUUGCCCUCACAUUUGUACAAACGUGUGCCUGCUGAUAUUUAAUAUUUUCUAAUCCAUACAUAUUUUGUUUACUCAUUUUCACCUUUGAGUACAAAUAAGACAAGUUUUUCCCUUUUGUUGCUUUUGGAAAUUCUCCUCCUUGUUGUUGUUGGUAGUAGUAUGUUUUGCUAUUAUGUCUUUGUAACUAUCAUUGAAAUUACAUUGAGAAACCUAAGGAUUUUAUGUAUUUUACAUUGA